AUGGAGGACGCUGCACCUGAGCCUACCCUGCAAAAUGUCAUAGAGCAGACCAGUUUGAAAUGGAUCUUUGUCGGCGGGAAGGGCGGUGUCGGCAAAACGACCUGCUCCAGCAGCCUGGCGGUGCAGCUGGCGGCACGGCGCGAGAGCGUGCUCAUCAUUUCCACGGACCCAGCGCACAAUCUGAGUGACGCAUUCAGACAGAAGUUCACCAAGACACCUUCGCUGGUGCAAGGCUUCACUAACCUGUAUGCAAUGGAGGUGGACCCGACCCCUGACAGCGCUGACCUGGAGGCAAUGGAGUGGGCGCAGGAUGGCUUCUUCCAGGACCUGGCGUCAUCCAUCCCCGGCAUUGACGAGGCCAUGAGCUUUGCAGAGGUCAUGAAGCAGGUGCAGAGCAUGGACUACAGCACCAUCGUGUUUGACACGGCCCCCACUGGCCACACCCUGCGGCUGCUCAACUUCCCCACGCUCCUGGAGAAGGGCCUCAACAAGCUCGUCAGCCUCAAGGCCACAAUGGGGGGCAUGGUCGGGCAGGUGACGCGCAUGAUGGGCGUUCCAGGGGGCGAGGACCUGCCGGACCAGCUGCUGGGCAAGGUGGAGGGCCUGCUGGCGGUUGUGCGGCAGGUCAACACGCAGUUCCAGGACCCGGCUCAGACAACGUUUGUGUGCGUCUGCAUCCCGGAGUUCCUCAGCCUGUACGAGACAGAGCGCCUGGUGCAGGAGCUGGCGCGCUAUGGCAUCGACAGCCGCAACAUCGUGAUCAACCAGGUCAUCUUCCUCGAAGCAGCCUCGGGGUCCAAGCUGCUGGAGGCGCGUGUGCGCAUGCAGGAAAAGUACCUUGAUCAGUUUCAUGAUCUGUACGAGGACUUCCACCUCGUGAAGCUGCCGUUGCUGGAGGACGAGGUGCGUGGCGUAGACUCUCUCAAAGCAUUCGGCGUCAACCUGCUGCAGCCGUACAAGCCACCUGCCAUCAGCAGCGGCGCCCAGGGCGGCCGCGAAGCGCAGCUUGAGGCAGAAGUGGCGGCGCUAAAGAAGCGGGUGGCAGACCUGGAGGCACAGCUGGCAGCAGGGCAGCGGUAG